ACUUAAAUGCUAUGUUUACACCUGCCUUAAUCUAUUAGCUAUCUCUAUUCUAAUAUAGCAAUCUCAUUUGAUAAAAAAAAAUAAAUAGAAAGAGCUCUAGCUUAGUGAAAAUGGCCAGUUCUGGUAUUAAACUUGUGUGCAUUUUCUUCAUUUUGAGCAUUGUUGUGCCAUGUUUUGCCAAAGAGUACGUAGUUGGAGGCAGAAAAGGUUGGAGUCCAGGCGUUGAUUAUCAUCAUUGGGCUUAUGGGAAAAGCUUUCGCGUUGGAGAUGUUCUCCGUUUCAUCUACCACCCAAAAUUGACAGAUGUGGCUUCAGUGGAUAUUUCAAGCUAUGCACUUUGUGAUGGUGUCACAACUUACACCAAGGAUAACAGUGGGCGUACAUCAAUUACUCUUGCCAAUUCUGGGGCUUAUUACUUCAUCUCUACAAACGAGACACGCUGCUCUUCAGGUCUCAAGCUAGAAUUGCACGUUAUUUGAGAAGCACACUGUAGUAUCGUUGAGAAAAUUUGUAUUCUUUUAUUUAUGCACUUGUAAGGUUUUGUUAAUAUUUCACGUGAAUGUUCUAGUCAUUGCCUAGAGCUUUCUCUUUGAUGAACUCUAUAUUAUUGGUGCAUCUCUUAUAAGAAGUUAAACGGCUCUAUUAUUAAAGUUCUUCUGUCAAUGGAUUGGAUUUUCUUCA